AUGCGGACCGCGAAGCUCCAGGACACCACGGGGGAUUUCAAGCACUCAGCCGGUUCGGAUGCAGCUACAGUAGAGGAAGCAGCGGAGGAAACGGCUACGUGUAAGGAAAAGGAAGUGGCGCCGGAGAACAGCCCCAGCGAGGAAAUGUCCCUGGACGCGAUCACUUCGAAGCGGCGACUAGAGCACUUGGAUUUUGGGAUAUUUUUGGCUGACUUCCUCUGGCAGCAAACACUGCCUCUUCUUCGAGCGAGCAUCCCUGGGAGGCGUCCUGCGGCUACGGGGAACAAGGUCCACAAGUUGGGUGACGUCCGCCUUCCAAAACAAGUGGAACAAGUGCUGAGCCACGGCCCCAAGUUCGCCGUCGAGCCGAGAAAGUCGCCCCCAGAGUUGUUGUCUCUGGUAAGGCAAGUGUCGGGACGAGCUGCGGAGUCUGAGGCGGACAGGUGCAUUGCGGAUGGUGUAGACGUAUUGCUGCAGUGCAGGCCGUCUGGUAGCAGGGUCCCUGUGCGGUCCACAGUCGCUUACCUAAAGGAUAACGCCCUGUCUUUGUUACCUGCUGAUAAGGAGGGGGGCUUUGUAGUACUACCCAAAGGCAUGCUCAACUCGAAAGCUUUAGACGCUAUAGAGGCCACGUUUGUACGCAGGAAUGACGUGUCCCUAGCAAAAGUAAAAAUUGAAGCACGUAAACUUUGCAAACGGCUGAGUUUAGAUAAACUAGCCCUAGCGGUCGAUAAGGGCAGAGGCCUGAAUCUGGAUCUGUUUUUUUCAGCUAAAACGCACAAAGCCAACUGUCCGCUACGCGUUAUAGUAUCCGAAUUUGGAACGUGGCAGAAGUCGGUGGCCAUGUUUUUACAAACGAAAUUGAACAUUUUAGUUAUUGACGACCCUUUUCAGGUAAAAAACUCGGAGCAGAUAAUAGACUUCCUUAAACAAUGCCCUGACCAAUGCCUCUCAGCAUGUUCCGUAGACAUUAAGGACUUAUACUACUCGAUUCCACACACGGAGCUUUUAAUGUGCGUCGAAGAGUGUAUUGACAACCACGGGUGUGUAGCGUUUCAAAAUGAAUGUGGUCUGGGGGUAAGAGACUUCUUGGAGCUUUUAACCUUUUAUCUAAAGUCGACAUUUACAACUUGGAAUGGAGAGACUUUCAUUCAGAAAAACGGCAUAUGCAUCGGUUCCUGUUUAGCUCCCGUAUUGAGCAAUAUUUAUCUUGCAUUUUAUGACAGAAUUUUAUCUAAUAGACUUGAAGGCUCUAGGGUAAAAAAGGUUUUUAGGUUUGUAGAUGACUACUUAGUGCUUGUUGACUGUGACUCAGACCACUUUGCUGGCGAAAUUUCUGAGGUUUUGGCCACUUUUAGUAAAUGCUUGGAACCACUGGUUAUCACGCAUGAAUUACCAGUAAACGGUUCCAUAAGAUUUUUAGACCUUAGGCUGCAGUGUCUCCCCACACACACCUGCUGGCUUUAUGAACCAAGGAGUAAUAAACCCCUCCUGUCGUUUUCGUCUGCCCACUCUAAACUGGUAAAAAGGGGAAUCAUCAACAUUUGCUUUAAAAACGCCCUUAAUAAAUCAUGCUUUCACUUAGUCAAGGAUAGCUUUAAGAAUCAAGUAGCGAGGCUCACGGCCGCGGGCUACCCGUUGCGCCUCUUAACGGCAGUCGCAGAAACUCUACUAAAGAGAAGACGGAUUGAGAAUGCUGAACAAGUUAACAGGAAAAACAGGAACAUCACAGUACUACCGUACCUACACAAAAUAUCCCAUAAUCUGAAAAAAGUGGGACGCCGAGCUGGUGUUCACGUGGUCUUUUCGGCUCCAGACAAGCUAUCUAUGAUGUGCAAAAGAGUGAACUCUCAUGUAAUAGAGAGACAGGUGUGCGCCAAGAAACACCAAAGCCAGUUUGUUACAUGCGUUGCGGGUGUUGUCUACUCUAUUCCCCUGUCCUGUGGCCGGAGAUACAUAGGGCAGACGGGACGUUGUCUUAAUGAGCGUUUAAGAGAGCAUCGAUAUAAUGUGUCUCAGGUUGUGUCGGGGCACCUUGGGGUGCAUUGCCGCGAUUGCGGAUGUACUCCGGUUUUUGAACGAUGCACGGUCAUCAGUAAACAAAAAGAUAAACUGACACGUGAGAUUAUAGAAGCCCGCGCCAUUGGACAAUCGGGCUCUGAGUGUGUUAGUGCCCCGUCACUUGCCUUGACGGAAAAGGAGUGUAUUUUUCUACUC